AUGUUCAUGCCGCCCAUCCUAGGUACAUUUUUUGCAUUUUAUUGGUCUUUUUCCCAUAGCCUACACACAGCCUGUCAGUUAGGAAACUUUGAGUGUUUAGAGGUGUUGCUAGAAGAACAGCCUGACCUAUCAUUUGUUAACAGGUCAGGUUGUAGUCCUCUUCAUGUGGCAGCACAGUCAGGGAAUAUUGAAUGUGUGAGGCAAAUAUUACAACACAAGGUUCAUGUCGGAACACAGGAUGGCAGAAAAAUGACAGCGCUACACCAUGCAGCGGCAAAAGGACACAAAGGAUGUGUUGAACUUCUUCUUAAUAACAACGCAUCCCUUAAUGGAAAAGACAAGGAUGGUAGAACUCCUUUGCUGAUGGCAAUACAGGGAGCCUUUGAAGAUGUUGUCAAAUUGUUGUUGGAGAGAGGAGCCAAGGUCAACAUUGCAGAUAAUGCCAAGAAGACUGCACUAAUGUAUGCCUCAUUACUUGGACUUUCCGUAACUGUAGAGAUGCUUCUAAAAAGAGGUGCUAAUCCACAGCUGACAGAUAGCAGUGACCAUACAGCUGAGGACUAUGCACGUUUGUGUCAUUACCAAGAUAUUAUUGAUCUUAUGCGCAGUGCUCCAUCUAUAGCAACAUGGGAUGCAGGUGAAACAUCAGAGGAUACUGAACAUGAUGAAGAGGAGAGCAGUACACGAAAUGGUGAGGUUAUUUCACAGUUCAGCAGUCCUGAAGAAUCAGAGGCUGACACAUCAGUUUCACUGCACCCUAAAACAGUGUCAACAAUGUCAAGUAAUACUGGGGUUACAAGCUCAGUAAAUGGUGGCAAUUUAUCACCACAGGAAUCCUUUUCAUCUAUGGCUUCAACACCCCUGUCAUCUCCAAGAGCAGCUAAUCAGGAUCUUUUGGGAGAUAUCAAGGAGUUGGAAGAGGAAAAUGAAAUGCUAAACCAAGAAUUAAAUAAACUCAGAGUUCAACACCAGAAGACUCUAGACAGGCUCCGCAGCUUUGAAGUCCAACAAGAAUCUAAGGCUCCCGUUGUAACAGAUUGUGUCAAUAGACAUGUAGAGGAAGAAUUAUUAGAAGAGAAGGAGAAAAGAAUAGAGGAACUAGAGAAAGAGGUUGGCUUAUACCACCAGCAUUGCCGAGUCAAAGGAGAGUUGUUUGAUGCUCAGUGUGACAUACCCACUAUACCAUUAACAGUUUAUCAACAGCUCAAGGAAUCAAAUGAAGACGAAAUAUUCAAGUUGACAGAAGAAUUAGAGGAGCUUAAGAUAACAAAUGAAUCACUUCAAAAGUCAAUUGGCAAAAAGGGUUCCUGUCCCCAGUGCAUACAGCAGAAUUCCUCAGCUUCACCUUGUGAAAGCGCAACAGAACAGCACUUAGUUGCAGAACUGAAGCAGCUUAAAUAUCAGUUAGAGGUGGUAGAAAGCGAGCACAGAAACACUAUAAAUAUGUACAGACUGCAACUUCUAAAUGCAUGCCAGCAUGAAAUGGACCCUGAAAUACAAGAGGCUCUGCAAAUGAUCAUCAGAUUAAGGAGCAGUGAACAGUUUUGCUGAACGUCAUCUUUAAUUCAUGGGCAAGGAAUGUAGAACAGUACAAGUGAUGUUUCCAAAGUUCUCAAGUUGAACUCGCCUAAAAGUUUGUUCGAGACGAUAGACAAGUGUUAUUCUAAAUACAAACUUGGGUUUGUAAGUUGACAUUUUGCAACAUAUUUCCACAGAUAAUACUUCUUGUUAUGUAACUGGAUCGGAGUUAAGUUGCAUCUAACAUGCGCUCUUAUUGGUUGAUUUUUGGUCAAAUGACAAUGGCUAAAUCUAAAUGUCGCCGGUCGGGUGACAAUUAAGCAUUUGUUGCCCACUCUCUAACCAACCACAAGUUCCUUUGGUUCCCUCAAAUCUCAAUGUUUCCCUCGACUUCGUCUCUGGAAAAUCGAGAUUCUUGGGAAACUAAACUGUUUCCCUCGGGAUUAGCAAUUUCAUAAAAUAUAAAUUUUAAAUCUGUGAGGUACAUCCAAAAUUGUCUUUUGUAGAGGUUUUAUUUUUAUUUAAAUGCAUUUAUAUUGUAUAGCUACGUUUCCUAAAGUAAAUAACAUUUGAGAGAGAAAUUAUGCACACACUUGUAUAGUUCUUAUAUUUCAUUAGUUGUGGCUUACCCUAAUGGUACUAGAUGUAAUGGCAUUUUGCAUUCUGUAUUUUUUUUGUUAUAUUUAUACUGCUAUUGUUUGAAUAAACUUUCAUUCAAUUAAUCGCUGAAACAAGUGUUCAUAUAUACGUCAAUUGCAUCUGUAGGAGGUUUGCAACCAUUCCCGAGACAUUCAAAUGACAAGGACCCUGGCGGUCAUGUUGGAUGACCAGAGCAAUAAAGCUAAUUUAAAUUCUUUCGUCAAUGCUCAUCCAACGCUGCAGCGAUGAAGUCACUUGCUAUUUAACGAAUAGAUUCCAUGUUGCCGUGUGUCUGUUCAGUUAACCUGCAGAAGAGGCGGAUUAGCAGGCUAGAGCGAUUCACAGGCAACUUUGCACUCAUUCUCGCGCGUCGCACGCACGCUCGUGUAUCGCGCUAGCCCGCUAAUCCGCUUGUUCUGGAAGCUAACACUGGAGAAGAAAUGGCAUUCACCGUUAACAAAGGGUUGGUUACCGAUGAUAGCAUCAAAAGACAUAAAUGGCAUUGCCCAUUUACGAAAUGGAAAAUUAACAGCCGCACUAUAUCGGCUUUAUAUUAGUCACGAAUUAAUUACCAAACAACUCCCUAAUCACUCAAAGAUUGUAUAUAAUACAAUAAUUGAUACACAACGCAGUGACGAUGCUGAGUUUGUUGUUAGUGAAUGUCGUAUUUACCGUAUCCAAACUAAAGACCAGAGAAGACACUGAUACAAAGGACCCAAAUCAAACUUUUUGUCUCGUUACGCCUAAUAGGAGCCUCUUUACUUGCUCUUUACUUUACUCUUUACUUUAUAUGACGAGAGGUGCUAAUUUAAGCAGUACAACAACAACAACAACUUUUAUCAUGACUCGCAUAUUUACAAUAUUUACAACACCAUACAAAGAUCAUUCUCUGCUGUUCAAAUUGAAUGCAUUGAAUAUAUUUUGUUAGGCGUCCACUGGGUUCAAUUGUUUAAAUCUCGUGUAAAUAGGCAGAGUUGAAAAAUCCACAUACCGCAUUUUUGGGGUCUGUCGUACUCGAAAAUUGGUGCAGACCCACUUGCUCUAAAAAACACUAUAACACUCUUAACACUCUAUAACACUCUUAUUCGUCCGAGUGAAGGUUCCACCUUUUGUAGUAUUUGAACUAUUCGGCAUGCCAAAAACCGAUUGGCUAAAGAGGUAAACUAUACUAAAUAGCAGUUUUCGGCAAAGGGAUAAUAAAAACCUCUAAUCAUUAAGCACUACAGUAGGCCUACAACUAGGAGUACUCGUAGAUUAGGGAGUGCAUUCAAUGGGUGGCUGCACUCUGAUCGGGAAUGUUAUUAUUGCUUUGUGCUUCAAUGUGCGUGAGGUCUUGACUUCCACUGUGUAAAUUAUAACUCAAGAUCUUUAGGAUAUGACCUAAUUCAUUCUUUGACUUGUCUCCCCUUUUGUCCAGCAAUGCACACAGUAACGAAAUUGGCAGAUUUUGCAAAAUUUCGUCAAACUGAGUGAACUUUCAUGGAUUUCACGAUUUUGUUUUUUUGCAAGAACUGUUUCACAGAGCAGGCAGUGGCAAGCAAGGUUACACAGAGCAGGUAGUGGCAACCAAGGUUUCACCGAGCAGGUAGUGGCAACCAAGGUCUCACUGAGCAAGUAGUGGCAACCAAGGUUGAAAAGGGCUGGCGGUGACAAGCAAUGUGGCAAAUAGCAGGCAGUGGCAAGCAAUGUUGCACAGAGCAGGCAAUGGCAAGCAAUGUGGCAAAGGGCAGGCAGUGGCAAGCAAUAUGGCAAAGAGCAGGCGGUGGCAAGCAAUGUUGCACAGAGCAGGCAAUGGCAAGCAAUGUGGCAAAGGGCAGGCAGUGGCAAGCAAUAUGGCAAAGAGCAGGCAGUGGCAAGCAAUGUUGCACAGAGCAGGCAGUGUGCCAAACGGCAGGCAGUGGCAAACAAUAUGGCGCAGAACAGGCAGUGGCGAGCAAUGUGGCACACAGCAGGCAGUAGCGAGCAAUGUGGCACAGAGCAGGCAGCGGCGAGCGAUGUGGCACAGAGCAGGCAGUGGCGGGCGAUGUGGCACAGAGCAGGCAGCGGCGAGUGAUGUGGUACAGAGCUGACAAUGGUUCAGCUAUGGUUCACACGGAAGGCAGCGGCAAGCAAUGCUUCACACGGCAGGCAGUUGCAAGCAAUGGUUUACACGGCAGCCAGCUGCAAGCAACGUUUCACACGGCAGGCAGCUGCAAGCAAUGUUUCACACGGCAGGCUGUUGCAAGGAAUGUUUCACACGGCAGGCAGUUGCAGGCAGUGUUUCACACGGCAGGCAGUUGCAAGCAAUGAACUAUCUUUUGCUGGAUUAACGAAGAAACAUACAGUGUUGAAACUUAAAAAACAGUUGUCAGAAACUUUUGCUUGCUACCAGUUACAGCAUCUACUAAACACUUGCUAGUAUAUUUGUAGGUAGAGAUUUUACACUAACCAAAUUUGUUUUUGAUCCUCACGUUGCACACUGUUCCUUGCCCAUUUUUGAGUUUUGGGGAGGAAAACUUCCACCCAUUCAACUCCGUCUGCCUCUCGUUGUUUGACAUCUUUGGGCAAGCUAAAGUUGAAAUGCCCAGCAGCUAAAAUGUGCAUGGAAAGUAAAUUUACAUAAAAAAAGUUGUUAAAUUCUGUUUUUAACAUCCGCAGCCAAAAAUGAGCCUGAAAGGUUAGAAACUUGAAACUCAAAUUAAUGCCUAAAGUUAAAAAAAAAAAAACAACAACGAAAAAGAAACCUAACAUAAUUUUCGCCUGCAGUACAAUCUAAUGUACGAGUAGGCUAUCAUUUUAGGGGCAAACUGAUUUAGAACAGAAUGAAAUCCUUCUAAACUGCUGGUCUGCGUCAAAAGAGACUUGCAUGAUUCCUUUUAUUAACGAAUUAUUGGUAAGGGCAAUAUAUAGCCGAUCAUAAACAACAGACCCUAAUCAGACGACGACUAAUCAGUAAAGAGCAAGAAUUGUCUUCACACAUGCAUUACUGCAUACAGUAAUAUCAGUAGUUCUAACCUGUCGUGCUCUAUCAAGUCAAAUACAUAUAAGUUGUCUCUUUCUAUAAUUAUUGCUAAUUGUCAAUAAUUUUUGCAUCACUACAUUCAUUUCCAAAAUCACAUUGAUAUUAAAAUAUAGAAUACAUAAUGGGAAGGAAAAUGUCAUUGGUUAUUUUCCUAACUUUAAUUUCU